AUGUCGACAAAUCCGUUUACUACUGAAUACACGCGCUACGAUACUUUUCGUCAGGAGAAAACGGCUGCAUUGGAAUAUGCCAUUCAUAAGAUGUGGCGUGCCAAUGCUCAAAUGCUCAAUCUUGCUAUAGGUAGUUAUGAAUGGCCAACACAUGAUCAGAUCAUUGAGCGUCUCUCGAUGGCCAUUGACGAACUUAAUAAAUGUCGUGAUGUGCUCACGAAUAAAACAUCCGAUAGUAUUGGUUAUUAUGAUGAAAAGAAACAGAAAAUGAGCUAUUAUGAGAAACCUCCGAUGCUAUUGAAAGAUUCUCAAAAUUAA